AAAUGUCAAUUGCGAUCGCCAUUUUUUUACCGACUCACAAAUUUUUUUACCGAUUGAACCUUUUUUGAUUGUCAUAUUCGAAAAUGAUUUGAAUUGAAAUAAAGUUAUUUCGAAAAUUUUCCCAAGUUGUUAUGGUUAAUUGUGUAUCUAAAUUAACUUCUAGUAACCUAUAUACAAUUCAUAUUGAAUUUUAAAUCAUGGAAACAAAACAGGUUGAGAAUCAAGAAAUUACCUUUUGGAAUGAUAUAAUAUCCAGAGGGGAAAGUUCUUCUGCUAUUUUAAUGGACGGACAAUACUUUGUUCCGGCCAAUACUAAAACAAUCUUAUUUCCUGACGAUGAAACUCAAUAUUUCAUUCAUAACACAGGUGAUACCUUAUUUAGCAACAAUGAUGAAAAUGUUUUUGGUGAUGAUGAAAUCAUCCAUUUGAUGAACAAUUCAGAAAGUGGGAAUUUGGAAGAUCAUAAUCAAAUAAUUUAUUUCGCUAAUGAUCACGCUGAUUCGAAGUUGGACAUGAGCAAUGAAACGGAUAUUUUACAUGAGGUUGGACUCGCUCUUAUGGAUGGCAUGGAGCCAUCAAUGAAAAAAAUCAAAGUUGAGGGUGAAUUUUUUGACUUGGAUUCCUUGUUGGACAUAAGUAACGACAAUGAAAUCGUGCAAAAUAAUGAAAUGAAUGGAUUUCAGUAUGUAGUCCAGUUGCAAAACUUUGAUUCUUUUCAACAAAUUCAAGACUUUGAGGAGACUUCAGAUCAUGUCUAUAAUACUAGUAUUGUUGAAGUAGAAUCUCCAAAACCAAUUGAAAUUUCUAAAAUUACAGGUAAAAAUCUGAUAACUGGUCAAAUUGUAACAUUGGAUAGCUACCUAGAAAAAGUGAAAAAGUCAAGCAAAAAAUUAAUGUUGCAAAAUACAGAGAUGGUUUCUUUGAAUGUUGGGAAAAAGAAUGAACAUACAGCACUCGGUAACCUACUUAAUAAAAAGUUAACCAUUGGUAAAACAGUGAAUGGUCAACGUUUAAUUGGUAAAGUUAUUCAUGUAGGAAAGAAAGAUGAGGAUGAUGAGACUUCUGUGAUAAAUAUGAAUUCAGAAAUUAAUUUAGAUGAAAGUUAUAAUGAGUUAACAACAUCUUAUCAUGAUGCUGUUGAGGAGCAUGUUCCUAGUUCUGUGAUAAUUGAAAAUAAUCAAAACGACAAAAAUAUUCUAACGGAAAAUAUAAAUGCUAUGUUGAUAGAGGAUAACGCACAACAGACAGUAACACUGGAUGAUCAGAUUCAGCUGAAAGACAGUAAAGAAACAGACAUCGAUCAUAAUAUAUUGGAUUAUGUUUCCAGGACAAUGAGUAAUUUGAUGAACAUGGAGUCUGUUCUGAAGAAAUUGAAGAGAAAAAAUUUGUUGAUUAAGGUGGUGGAAAAAGCAGUUGGAGAAGAGCAAGUGAAGGUAAAUAAUUUCCAGAUCAGGGGCCACCUAGAGAUGCUGGGAGGCUGGCAGAAGCAUGAGUAUGAAGAGAAAUGGAUAUUUAAAAUGGAUUAUGAGAAGGGAAGGGAAGACUGUGGAGAAUGGAUUGAGUUAUGGUCUCGCUGUUGUUUUUUUAGAAAAUUUCCAGAAACAAUGAAGCUGACUAUAACAAUUGUUAAGGUAGAUGGUUUGAUUCAGUCUACGAAGGUUAGUCUGAAUUAUAAUCUGGAAAAAUGUAGUAUAUGUUCUAAGGAAUUCAAGUCCAUCUAUAAACUAAAAACACACAUGACAGUUUCCCAUAAAGUUAAGCAUCAGUAUCAGUGCCAGAUAUGUGAUAAAUCUCUGGAUAAUAAGGAUACUUUUAACCAACACAGAAAGUACCAUGUAGACAGAAAAGAACUGUUUUCAUGUGAUAAGUGUGAUAAGCACUUCUUGAGUUUGCAGAGAUUUACAAAACACAUGAACAACCACAGUUUGGACGACUUGAAGCUUAGUUGUACAGUUUGUGAUGAAGUAUUUGACAAAAUAUCUUCUUGGAGAGAGCAUAUGUUGAGGCAUGAUGGAAAAUCCAACAAGAUAUUCCAUAAUAGAGCUCGUUCUAACUAUAUGAAUGCAGAUAUAAACUGUCACUCUAGGGAUGUAAAGAAUUGUUAUGUGUGUAAGGUUUGCAAUAGGACCUUCUCAAGGUACUCUAACCUUCAACGACAUUCUGAAAUACAUGGAACUAAAAAUUCUCUUCCCCUUUACAGUUGUAGUAUGUGUGGAUGUACCUACAACUACAUUUCGUCGUUGACUCGUCACAUUGUUCAGAACCACAUUUCGACAACAUAAGUAUUAUAUGUAUAUUUAUAUAUAUAUUAAUAUGAUGAGAAAUAAAGUCUAAUUUUACAUCUAAA